UGGCCGGCAUCAGGUUAGGGUUCCUCCCUUCCCGUAUAAAAGCCUUCCUCCGCGCCGCCACGCCGUUCUCUCUUCCCUGGCCAUUCCUCAUCUCGCUCGCUCGUCGUCGCAGCCGCCUUCUUUGGGUUCGCUCGCCAGCGGCAGCCAUGGUGAAGUACUCGAGGGAACCUUCCAACCCCACCAAAUCCGCUAAGGCUAUGGGUCGGGACCUGCGUGUGCACUUUAAGAACACACGUGAGACAGCUUUUGCCAUCAGGAAGCUGCAGCUUAGCAAGGCUAAAAGGUAUCUUGAGGAUGUGAUUGCCCACAAGCAAGCCAUUCCCUUCCGUAGGUACUGUGGUGGUGUUGGACGUACAGCGCAAGCUAAGUCUCGCCACUCGAAUGGUCAGGGACGUUGGCCUGCCAAGUCUGCUAAAUUCAUUUUGGAUCUUCUCAAGAAUGCAGAGAGCAAUGCUGAAGUUAAGGGCUUGGAUGUCGAUACGCUCUAUGUGUCGCAUAUUCAGGUGAACCAAGCUCAGAAGCAGCGGCGCCGGACUUACCGUGCUCAUGGGCGCAUCAACCCUUACAUGUCUUCCCCAUGCCACAUUGAGCUGAUGCUUUCAGAGAAGGAAGAGCCAGUGAAGAAAGAGGCUGAGACCCAAAUUGCAGCAAGGAAGGCCUAGAAGAUAUGAAGACUUGUUUAGUAUCAGUUAAGAGUGGACCGAUUGUAUCUCCUUUUUUUUUCUGUACUGUUGGUGCAUACUUAAUCGAUCCCCGGAAUGGAACCUUUCUUUCUGCAGUUGUGAUGACAUCCCAAGAAUGAGAAUGUUGCCUCAGUAGUUUUUCUUAUUUAUAAUCCAACUAAACUACCUUGGUGCUGGAUUUUGUACAUCGUUAUCUCCUUGACUAAGAGCGAUCAUUUGGUCAGCACAUCAUAAACAUGAGAGUCUGACAUAUUUUCCA